UUCCGUCGCGAAGGACGCGGCGUCGGUUGGUUGUCAAGAUGGCUGCGGCGGGGUCGCGGCCGCCACCUCCGCCGUCGCCCUGCGAGGUCGCCGCCCUCGCCGCUGCCGUCGCCACUGUCGCCGGGGCCGCUGCGAAGCCAGGAUUGCCGCAGCCGAGCCUGCGACGCCCGUGACGCGAGACCUGGGAGACGCACUGCCCGGAGCGCCGAGGAGAGGACGAGGGAGGCCGAGCGGCCAUGCGGACGGCGCUGAGGUGAAGGAUGCUGGCGGGCAGGCCCGGAGCCCAGAGCGCAGGCGCAGGCGUGGGCGCCGGACCCCCAGACGCGCCGGGCGCCCGUGACGGCGGCGGUCGGCCGCGACCCGGCGCUUACCUAGAUAUGAAAAUCCAUCUUGAGAAAAAUUUAGAAGAAGAACGCCAGAUGCUACUACAGCAACAAAAACUAUGUCGGAAUCGAGCACGUAAAUAUUUCAUGGAGUCAAACCGGAGAAGAAAGAAUACUUCCAGCAGGAGUAAAUGAUCCUGCACAGUGGAAGACUCGUGGGAAAGCAAAACAAACAGCUUGGCAUCUGGCUGUAGUGAGGUAGCUCACUUUGAGCUAAGAUGCUGUACACACUCCAUGAGACAGAGCUGCACAUGCUGAGCAGACACUACGCAAGACUCCAAGGCAGACUCUGUGUCUUCUGAGAACGCUCAGCCAGAGACAGUGGGUAAUGACGACACAAUCUUCUCAGUCUGAGUCCUACAGAGCUAGCGAAGUCUUCUUUCGUGCUCUCACCAUCUGUUCCUUCAUUCCCACUGCAUUUACCUGAGUUCCUGACACAUCACCACGUAAAUGAAACUCUGCAACUCCUGAUGGAAUAAGGAGAGAACUGUAGUAGCUUUCGAAGAGAAACGCCAAAAACAAGAAGAAAGAGAAUAUCAAAUUAGAGAACGGAUCCUGCAGCAGAGGAAGCAAAAGUUUGAAGAAGUUACUGAAAAAUUCCAGCGUGCCCACGUUCCUGUUUCUCAGAGAAGGAGAGCAGUUUUUCAAAAUCCAGUUCCUCCAUUAGAAGAGGCCCUAAAACAAAUUCAAGAGUCCAACUUAAAGUCAGAAGUAAACAUUCCUCUUUUCCACAGGCCAGCAACAAAUUGGCGGUGAGUAACUUAUUAUAACUAUGUUAAAGUGGUUAGGCUGACCACUACCAGACAUGACAUUUUUUUCUUUAACCUUAGUAUUCUUUUGCUUGUGUAUUACAUUUUACAAUUUUGUGGGCUUUUUGGGUUUUGUUGUAUAUGUGUGUCUCUGCAUGGGUAUGAAUGUCUUUUGCUCUUAAUUGUUCUUGUUUGUUUCAUUAUUGUUUAUUUUGUGAGAGAGGGGGGGGGAGAGGGAGAGAGAGAAAGAAGACAUAGGAUUGGAAUGGUGAGGAGGGUUUGGGACGAGAUGCAAGAGGGGAAACUGUGAUCAAAAUAUAUUGUAUGAAAAAGAAUAUGUUCAAUAAAAAAGUUAGAAACAAAAAAAAAAGUGGUUAGGCUGUUAGCUCUUUUAACCAUAUGGCUUUAUACUUGAUGAAUUUGUCAUCUUUUUCAUUGGUUGCAUCUUAUCUUUGUCUUAGAAUUUGUUUUGUUUUGUUUCACAAAUUAAGUAUUAAAUCAGAAUUGUAAUUUGGUGUAAUACUCUAGUAGUAUAAAUACUGCCAAUAAUGAAUCAUUUUCUAUGAAAAAUAUCAACACUGUUUUAAUAUGUUGAUGUUUAUUGUCUAUACUAAUGAGAUACAAUUGUUUAGAUUAUUUUGAUACAAAUUUAGUUUAAAAAAGAUUUUGCAGUUGUAGUGGUACUUUUUUCUUCACUUAGAAUUUUGUUGUUAUUGUCUCAAUAAAAACUACACUUUUUAUUUCUGGUUCUCUCCAGCAUUUCCUAAGCAAAGACUAUAAAAGGAACAACACGGACUAGCCAAUCACUAGGCUUCCUCCAAUAAAUGUAUUUUUCAUUUUUUCCAAAUAUUUUUUAUGUUAUAUGCAGAGAACUAGAUAAAGCAUUGAAAAGCAGUAUGGAAUACACUGUAAAACAUGCAAUUCCUUGGAGCCAGAGAGAUGUCUUCAUGGUUAAUAGCACUAGCUAUUCUUUCAGAGAACCUAGGUUCAAUUCCCAGCACUAUAUGAGCUCACAACUCUCUGUAACUUCAGUUCCAGGGGAUCUGAUGCCCUCUUACAGAUAUAUAUGCAGGCAAAACACCAAUGCAUAUGAAAUUUUUAAAAAAGACCUCAUUUUUAAUUAAAAUACGUAUAUAAUCCAUAGUAUAUAACCGUAAAAAGAAGUAAAAUGGCAUUGUAGAAAGCUCUGAGCCUGUGGGUAUAGCUCAGUAGAGAGCAUUUGCCUCACCUGUGUAAGGCAGGAUGGAUCACCAGCACCACACAAAAUACAUAGAUUUAUAUCAAAAUAGUAGUAAUAAUCAGAAUACUUAGGAAGUUGUUAAUAUUUCAGGCUGUAAAUUUUGUUAAUAUUUUACCUAUACAAAAUAUUAUUUCAUUUUUAGAAUUUCUCUGGUCAGAAAUUCUCUUGAUUAGAGCAAAAACAUAAUUUAAUCCUUUCAGUAUCUAUUAGAAAAGAACUACUCUUUAUUUUAAAGAAUCUCAUUUAAAAAGGAAUGCUUCAGCCAAGCUUUGAAGAAAAUAUGAGUUAAUCAGGACAAAUGGUGAAUGGCACUUGUAGACAGAAUGGUGAUCACAUGUAACAGCAAUGAUAUAUAUAUUCAGGGUAAAGUGUAAUCUGAUUUCCACAUGCAUUCUCUAGUAUGUGUGUAUACACACACAAAAAAAUAUUUGUGAUUUUAAAAGGAAUAAAAUAUGCACUUAUUCCUGAAGUUUUAAGAGAAUUUUAAGCAAAUAAACAAAAUCAUUUUAAACAUACUUUUAUAAUCAUUAUAGAUUAUUGUGCAUAAUAAGGAGAGAAUGGAUAAAGGAGAGAGGAAGGAAAGGAGGAAAGAAAACAAUAUUUCAUGAAAAAAUACAUUAUAAGUUUGGUGUGAUAGCAUAAAGAAAAUAAAAAUAGCCAAGGUAAAGGUGAGAAUAUGCUGAGUAGAAGUUUGGAGACUUCUCAAAAAAAAGUACAAAAUGAACUACCAUGUAAACCAGCUAUUGCACUCCUUGGUAUAUACCCAGACAACACCGUAUGCCACCAUAGAGAUAUGUGUAGCCCUUGUUUAUUGCUCCUUUAUUCAUUAAAGCAAAGAAUUGAAUCAAAGUGGUUGUCCAACAAAUGAGUCGGGAAAAUACACACACACACAUACACACACAUACACGAAUACUCAAUUCUAAAGAAAAGUGAAGUUAAAAAUGUACAGGAAAAUGGAUGGACAUGUACAUUAUCAAGUGAGGUCACACAUUCUCAGAAAGAAAUAAACCACAACAAUAUGAACUAACCAGUAUCCCCCAGAGCUUGUGUCUCUAGCUGCAUAUGUAUUAGAAGAUGGCCUAGUCGGAAAGAAAGGCCCAUUGGUCGUGCAAACUUUAUGUGCCUCAGUACAGGGGAAUGCCAGGGCCAAGAAGUGGGAGUGGGUGGGUAGGAGAGCGUGUGGGGGACUUUUGGGAUAGCAUUGGAAAUAUAAAUGAAGAAAAUACCUAAUUAAAAAAAAGGGAAAAAAAAGAAAUAAACCACAUGUCCUCUCUCAUAUGUCUCUCUAGCCAAUAAUACAUAUAUGUAAACAAAUAUACCGUGGGUACAGUAUAACAAGAAAAGAAAACAGCUAAAUAUAAUACGGUGAUUAGAAAGGAGUAAAUGCAGGGAUGGAUGUGAGUUAUGGAAAGGAUAUCAUAAAACUAAUUGUUUUCUAGUGCUAAUUUCAUCAUUAAAGUUCUGGCUUUGUGGUGGAUAUGUGUGUAAAAUAUUCAACACUAAAAAUAUAAAUUUUAAUGUGAAGCUUCACAAUUUCUAUUUCAAAUAGCAAUUCUAACUGGAUAUAAGUUCAUUAAGUUGUAUAGACUUUGUUUGAUUAAUUUUGACGUGUAAUGUUUAUUUGCAAGGUUUUUACAAAGAACUUCACUGAAAAGGAGAAUAUGUUAAUAUUUUAAAUUUUUUUACUUAAACCUUUUUUAAUCAGAAGAUAGGAGUCCAAUUAUAAAUGUUAAUUUUUUUAACCAAAAUUGAGACAAAGAGGACUAGGAAGAGAUAACCUGAAGGUUGUGAUUUUAUUGUUACUUAACUUUUUCGAGUAGUUUUAUUCCCCAAACCAGAUUAUCGUUUUGUUCAGUAUAUUGAACUAUAGUGCUGUACAUAUUAGAAGAAUCCCAGAAAUAAGGGGGAAAUAUCAGAGAUAAAAGUAAACUCUCUGAGGGCAGAACUUGGCCUGAAGCUAUACAAAUGAGUAAGAUAGUCAUCAAAAACAAGCAGUUCUUACAGUAUAAUUAAUUUGUUGUAUAUGUAUGUACAGUGAGGUAUAUACAUACAUACAGUGAGGUACAUCGGUAGGAAAGGAAGCCAAGUGUUAAACCAGGAAAGGCUUUGAUAAGUAAUAUGUUCUAGAAAUAAGUAGUGAAAGAAUUGGAGCAAGGUUCCAAUAUGUUUAGAAGUUUUGCCAAAUUAAUAGGGGCAGACUAAUAGUGGAAAAUCAGAUAAUCUAGUUAAUCAAAAUUACUUCUUCAGAGCUGCCAAGGAAGGAAAUAGAAGAUGGAGAAGACUCAAGGAUGGUUCCAGAGACAGGGUUUCAUCAGUGAAUAGAGUGAGAUGAUAAAACCAUUUAUUAAAACUUAGGGAUGAAGAUAAGGUAGUAGAUCUCAAGUAAAGCAUUUUGUCACAAAAAGAAGAGUGUAGCUGUGAAGGAAGAAUCAACAGGUUUAGGUAGAGAGUAGUUGAAAGGAAGAUAGGUGUCUUACUUAGGGUUUCACUGCUGUGCACAGACACCAUGACCAAGGCAACUCUUUUAAGGACAACAUGUACACGGGUUUGGCUUACAAGUUCAGAGGUUCAGUUCAUUAUCAUCAAGGCAAGAACAUGGCAGGCUCUUAAAGUACAUGCCCACAGUGACACACUUCCUUCUCCAACAAGUCCACACCUUCAAAUAGUGCUACUCCCUGGACCAAAAAUAUUCAAACCACCACAGGAGGGUAUGCUAUAAGUUUUAAAUGUGGGGUAUUCAGGAAGUCUAGGUCAUGAAUACAGAUGUGACAGUCAUCACAGAUAAAAAUAAAACUAGUCAGUAUCUUAUCAGUGGUGAUCUUGAGUUAAGCAAUCAAUCAGAAUGCCAUGUGGUAACAUGACAGAGUCCUUGGAUAGGAACAUCCUUUGGGAAGGCUACAAAGCAUUUGAAAGCUAGUCUUUGCUAAGUCUAUACCUCCUACAAAUGACAGCAUCACUGUAGAGCAAUGCAGUUACAGUGGGUGAACCAUUUCCCAAAGAAACAACUUAGAAAGGUACUCCCACUACUGAUUUAGCCCAUUAAGAAGGAUAAAAGGAUAAUGUUAACCCUUUGCAGGCAUAUACAAAUAGAGAGACUAUCACAAUCAGUUUACACAAGAUUCCAAGAGGAGUUCUGGUAGGGUAGGAAGAAGGUCUCCAAAUUCAAAACUUCAAAAAGGCUGGCCACAAGAGUGAACCUGAAAGUGGGAUGGGUGGGUUGGUGAGCAGGGGAAGGAGAGAAGGGAUAGGGGGUUUUCAGAGAGGAAACCAGGAAAGGGGAUAACAUUUGAAAUGUAAAGAAAAUAUCUAAUAAAAAAAAAAAGAGUGAGCCUGAAAAGGGACAACCAGAGAACUAUAAAAAGAUGAUAGCUAGAAAAUAAAAGUCAUUAAAUAAAAUGGUCACAUUUCUCUUUUACAGUAAUUGGGCUAAGUUGCUCAUUGUAAGCAAAGCAACACAUUGAAGUGAAGCAAGCUAGAAAUAUGUUAAGAACCAAAGUUGGAAACAUAAAGGCAGUAUGACUUUAGAAUAUUAUGGGAAAGUUUGUCUGGACAAAAGAUGACAUCUAUCAGCCAAGGUAGUUGGGUUCACAGGGAAUUUGACUUCUAAAUACUUCUAGUAUUUAUAUACAGAGACACUUCACUUUCCAGUUUGUUUGCUUGUUUGUCUCUGUGUUCAAUUAGUAUUCUGUGCUGAUCAGGUAUUUUCCAUCUUAAAAACACCUCUUCUGUACCAUGAAUGAAAGCAUGGUUGGUUUUUUUGCUCAGCAAUGUGCAGUUGUUUACAAUCUUAGAAGGGUUAAACUGUCAAAAUAAUUUCAAUUUUUCUGAAGCAUUAUGUUAUUAUUUUAGCAAAUCUUUACUAAAAUAACUAUUAUGUCCUAAAUAGUUACGUACUAAAUAAGUAUAAAUAAGUGUUAUCUUUCUGAGAAAUAAUCUUUAUUUUGUAUCAAAAUAGCUAGUUUUCGCGUUUUUAUAAUAUACUUUGACUGUGACUUUAUGAUUACCUGUGUGUAUGUGUAUAUAUAUAUAUAGCAUGUCUUCAUUUGAAAAGCAAAUAAAUAUAUAAUCUAUGAGAGAAAAUACUAUGGUUAACUAAUAAAAAGUUGGAUUGUCCUCCCCAAAUAACUGCCAGUAUUAAAUAUAUUAAGUAUUUUAAAAACUAUAAAUGCCAUGUAUAAGUAUGAAAUUUUAGACUAUUAAUGAUUACUAGUUGGCUUUUUGUAAAUAAAUUUAUUGCAAAUGUUUAUACAAAGAUUUUUAAGCUAUUUUCAUGUUAGAAAUACAUUUCAAUGGAAUAUAAACCUAAAAUGGGUUCAGAAAUAAAGUGAUAGAAGUGUAGCAGAGCAGUGGUCAUGGUACUGGGUACUGAGUAGGCCUUUGCACAAGCUCUGCCACUUAGUCAUAGUCUCAGCCCAAGAGGUGGUUCUAGUAUAGAAAAUGCUAGUUGCAAAUUAAAAUAUUUUAAGAUGAUAAUGUUGUCAUCUAAAACAGAAAUUUGUUUGGAAAAGUGGAGACUAAUGCUUAAUCCUCAAUUUAAAUAUGAGACUCAGUUGUAGGAACUACUUCAGGUAAUAAUGAGAUAUAAAAAUAUUUACAAGGUACUAACUUAAAAUAUCAGAAAUAAUCAACCUUCCAUCACAAUCAAUUUCUUAUCACAAAGCUAAUCUGUUUGGCAUUUCUGGUGGAUAAACUAACAAAACAAUUUUGUUAGAUAUCUAUCUCCAAUAUCCAUGUAUUUGUGAUAAGAUAGUCUUUCUGAACCACCAGUACAUCUGAGAAGUCUGCCUUUGCUCCUCACACUAGUGGGUUAAACUAGAUGUUUCAGCUCAUAUCUGUGCAUCAAGACUUGAAAAGGAGAGGACGGGUGAACUUGAAUCAUCUGUAUACAUGUUUCAGUUAGUCAGUGUGAGGAAUGUGACUGACCAGUGGAAGGUCAAGCAUGAACCCCAAAGGAUAAAAUCAAUCAAAACCCUACAGGCAGCCCAGUAAUAGUUCUUAAAAUCUUAAUGAGGUUCUUUCUACUUGCCUGUCCAAAUACUUUCCCACCUAUGCAGAUCCAUUCCUGCUUGUCCAGCUAUCUCCAAUCCUGAUUCCUACUUCUCUGGCCAGCGGUCUGCCUCACGGGCCCCAUUGCUAUCCCAUCAUCCCCAAAGUCUUCCUAGCUACCCAGUUGUUUUUCCCACCCCCAAGACCUGUGUCCUUCCAUCUGUCCCCUCUACUCUUCCAAAGACCUUUUUACAAGCCCCAUUACUAUCUUAUCCUAUCAGAUAUCUCCCUCACCCUCCAACCCCAGUUACUUCUAGCUUUUCUAGCAAUUUCCCUAAUCUACCAGACCCUAUUCCUUCUGGGCCACCUGUCCUUCGACGUCCUCCAUCCCAAAGUUCUUCCAACAUUCCUGAUCCUGACUCACAGAACAGGUUAUUUUAUAAAACUUUCAGACCCAAACAGUUGCUUGCAGCACAGCAUUCUACCCAAACAACUCUAAUGCCCGCACUUAUACGCCGUUCCCUUCCAGCUCGACUGGUUGUUUCCCCAACCCCUUUGGAAACUCUCCCUGUUUUGAAACCUUCCAGUUUAUCCAGGCAUCCAAGUCAACCAGCCCCACCCCUCUCUUGUAUCACUCCUUUGCCUGAACAUUCUUCCAGGUUUGAUGCUUGUCAGUCAGUUCAGAAAUCUGUUCCACAAGCCACAUUGUCAAAUCAGUGCCAGGCCUUUGUAGACCACCUGCCUGCCUUGAUUCUCUCCCACCCACCUCCCUGUCAUUCUCCAUCCUCUUCUUUGCCGUCGUCACCUUCUACUUUCACAUCCUCUCCAUCCUUGGGAGCAGUCUCUUCCUCUUCAUCCAUACCUUCUUCUUCUUCUUCACCUUCUCCUUCCACCUCCCCUCCCUUACCUGUUUCAUCUAUCCCUCUUUUGCCCUCUCCCUUGCAUUCAUAUCCCUCUCCCUGUUUGCCUCCAGCUUAUCUGGCUUUUCCCUCUCCAGUGCCUUCUUCCUCCUCUUUUAUGAUUUCUUCUUCCUUUCCUCCCAUGCUUCACUCUAUCUCGAUCUCUACUUCCCCAUCUCCUUUGAUUCCUAUCCAUCCCUUCAAUCCUCCUCACUGGGGGAAGAAAGUAGAGAAGAGGAGAGAAGAAAGUGGAGUAGAGAAGAAAGGAAUAGAGAAGAAAAAGUUGAGAGACGACAACUUUAAAGAGCUAUAGAUUCUGCCUUGCCUUCAACAUUGUCAAAAAAUGAUCACAAGCAUCAAAAACAUCUCGUACGCAGAAUUAACCGUAAUAAAGAAAUGAAGGAAAACAACAUAGCAAACCUAGCUACUAACAAAAAUGUGUUCCAGCUUAAACUGGAGGAGACACAGAAACUCCUAGAGGAUCAACAUUUAAGUGAUUUGCAAAAAUUUUGUGAUGAAGUCAAUCAGAUAACCAAUUCUGAAACUCUCUCAAGUAUAGACAGUCUUGAGGCUGGAGAGCGUGAAGAAAUAUACAUCACACUUAGUAUGAAGCCUUCCACGUCAACCCAGCAGAACUCUGUUCCCCUUCAGUCAGCAAAUCUACAAGCAGCUCAUUUAGACUGCUUUGAUGAAGAUAAACUGUCAUUCUCUAAAACUCAGCAUAUAAACAAUUGGCUUACAAACUUAGAUGCUCAAAAUAGUCAGCCUGUUGCAUCUUUUUCAGAUAUUUUAAUUAAAUCUAAUGUUCUGCCCUCGUGGGAAUGUUUAAAUAGUAAAGAACAAAAUCCACCUGCUUUGAGCAGAACUGUGGGAAGAACCACAAGAACUACUAGUGACUCAAUGGUCUUUGUGUGCAGUCCAUCCGUAGUUGCACUAGAUAAAAAAGGAGAAAACACUGCUGAAAGCAAUGUUGUGAGAGCAAGUGAUCCCACUGAAGGAGCAGUCCAAAGGGAGAGGCCGGCACAAAUGGAGAGCCCAACGUUUAAAGUCAGUCGAGCCUGGACUACUGCAGAAUCUCUAACCCAGGAAACAGCUUCAUUUUCCGUCCAAGAGAGGCCUUCUGAGUUAACUUGGGAAAGCAGAACUGCUUCGAUUCCUGCUUCAUCUGUAACGGUUUUAUCACCUAAUUUACAGGCAGGUGGGCCUUUAGCAGAGAACAACACACAGAUAAAAGAAAUUGACCCUGUGCAGUGCUCUGAUAAGUUAGAUGAAUUGAAAAAUAUGGAACAUGAAAGGAUAAACCAUCUUAACUGUAAUAAAGAAAAAUAUUUAUUUUCACCCAAUUUUCAGACCACCUGUGCACUUCAAAAUUCUAAUUCAAAUGAUAGAAAACAAAAAGAGAGUGGCCCAUCAGCAGCACUGUGUAACAACCCUCCUGACUGUGACUUGCCAGAGCAGCACAGCAUAAAACACAGUGUCCAUGAACAAAAUGGGGUGCGGCUGCUUAAGAGUAUAUUAAAGAAAGAAUCCAGAUAUGAACAUAAUUAUUUGAGAGCAUUAGUUAUGAAACAAGGUUUUAAGUUUAGACACCAAAAGGCAGAAACUGUUAGAGAUAGUAUUGAAUUAACAAAACAGAAAGGGAAAGGUGCAGAAAUAUCAAAGACUAGUAAAAAACUGCGGUGGUUUGAUGAAAGUGCUAACUUAGAAAAUGCUGUAGAUGAUUGCCACCCAGUGAGGAACAGAGCAGGAAUGGCUCCACGGUGGUUACAGCGCUGUCACACCAACAGUGGCACCUACAACCUGACAAGUAUUCCUGAGUGUCCUGUACAUUCUGCUGCUGGAAAGAAAGCCAAGGCUGAUUCUGUCCCAGAAAAUGCUACUGAUUUAGGAAGAUAUGAAAUAGACAGUGUGCCUUUGAACUCUUCUGUAUCUUUAGGCUUUAGCUUUGCCAAACAAGCCUGGUCGGCCUGCAGAAGAGGAGAGAGCAAAGCCCCUGUACAUGCUAGUGACUCUAAGACUCAAAAGACUAAGCCUCAGAGAGGAGUAAAAUUCACUAGAAGAACAGGGUCUUCAAAGGUCCAGAAAGGACUUGUGCAGAACAGAAAACCCACUGUCAGCCAGCCACAAACUUCAAGCAAAGCCAACACAGUGGCCCAAACUCAGGGUAAACUAAUUAUAACUCAUCCUCCACCUAAACCGCCAACAAACAUUAAAAGUGGUAAAAAUAUGCAAGUGUCUCCAGGUCAAUCAGCCAUACCUGAACAUUCUCAAAAUGUCAUGACACAGAGCUGUUUAAGUCCAGCAUCUGUGCUUCCAACAGAGUACCAUUUGAACCAGGGGACUCAAGAAAGUAGUCUCCCGUUCUCAGACACCUGUUCUAACCUCCCUGCUGUGAGUCCAGCUCUACCAACUCCUUACUCUUCUGAGUGCCAAACCUUAGCAAAAGCCAAUUCAAAUGGCACAGCUUUCCUGAAAGACGGAGCAGUAUAUUGUACCCAUCGAAGUCCUGUUUGUGAAGAAAGCUACCAGUCUUUCACUCAUAGGAAUACUGAAGAAGAAUCCAUUCUCCCAUGGAGAAGAAGAAUCAAUGGACACCAAAAUGAGAGAACCACUGAUUCUACUGUUACAAGAAGAAAGCAAAUUGUUGAAAAUAAAUGGAAAAGGCUGUUAGAACAGAAAAGGAAAACCUCUGGAUCUAUAGGAAUGAAGUACACCGAGCAAAUAACUCAUUUUGGACAAAAUGUCCCACCAAGUACAACUGAACAAAUACAAGCUCCAAGAGGUGUCAAGACUGAAGAAGUUUCAGAUAGUACUUCUGAGUUUUUGGUGGCAGAAAACCUCAUGAAUUCUUCAGUGCCUGAAGAUGAAAUUCUGACUGCCAUAAACAGCAAGCAUCUACAGAAACCAAAUCUGUCCCAACCAACCAAUGUCUGUGCCCUGUCAGCUGAAGAGCAGAAGAUCCUGAAGUCACUCCAUCACCUCGAUGAAAGGCUAUACUAUGUACAAGAAGCAAUUCGCAAAAACCCUUCCAUCAAAAAUACUUUACAAUUAAUACCACUUCUGGUUAUUCUUCAGGACAUGACUGCAAGCUUCCAUCUGGGAGGGCUAUUUCAGCCCAAGCUUUCUCCAUGUUGGCCCCUCUACAGUCUUCCCAACUCUGGCUCGUCUGUGCAUCUGGCACUCUGAUAGGGCAGAGCUAGAAAAAGAAGGGAGCUCCUGAGGCAGCAGGUGAACCGUGCAAUAUAACGGAGUCGCCAGGAGACCACCAAGGCCCUACAGUUGCGCAGGUGUAAAUUAUCAAAGUAAAACAACCCUACAAAUCUUAGAAUUUUCAUUUUAGAGUAUCUUAUUUAGUUUUAAAAUAAAAUUAAUUUAAUGAAUUUUUAAGAAGCAAGUUAUUUCUUCGGCCUAAAAUAUAUGUUAAACAACCCCAGAAUCUUAUAUGACUUUCGAGUGUUUCUGUAAAUAAACAAACAAGGAAGGAAAGAACAGAUGACAAAAGCAUUCCUCUGCAUUGUAUUGUGUUUUUUGAGACAGGACAUCAUAUCGCUAGUCAUGAACACUUGGUCCUCCUGCCUCUCACUUCGCAAGAGCUGAGAUUAUAGGGUGCACAGCACACCUGGCUUCAGAAAGCUACUCCUAAGGAUCUGGAGAGGUGGCUCAGUGGUGAAGUCCUGCUGUGCAGCAUGAGGACCUGAGUUCAGAUCCCUCGCACCCACAUAAAAAAGGUCUCUGGAUCAUCCCUUAGGCUCAGAAACAGUCAGACCUCAGGGCUCCACUGGCCAGUCAGCCAAAAUGGUGAUCUUCGGUUUCAGUGAAAAGACCCUGUCUCAAAAGAAGAAUAAUAAUUAAGUUGGAGCCUGCACGUGCACAUGCAGACGAGCACAUCUGCCCACUCAGAACCACAGCACUCACACAGUCAAAGGAAAUUCCUCCAAAGCACAUAUUACCAAUAGUAAAAUAUGAAAAGUGUGAAUUAUUACUGUCCAUAGGAUGCCCUACAAAGAGCAGGAUACAGCAUCGUUGAAAUUGAUGCAUGUACUAUUUUGAUUUGAGUUUUAGUCUUCUUAAAAGUCAUGAUCUGAAAAGAGAAUGACCUGUGAACAUCUGCAGAUGUGACAGUUAAGAGAACCCUCUGAACUCUCUUACAGAGCAGCCAGCCAAGGGCAAGUCUGUCUCCUGAUGUUGGAUCCACAGUGCAAAGAAAAUACUGAUGAGCUGUGAUAGUCACUACUUAGUGGAAUCAUUAUUUUUGAGAAUUCCUGUAAAUAAGUUCUGUAAUUCUGCAUUUAUUAAUGAUUUAAAAUACUAGACUUUUAUGUUUAUAAAAGUAAAUCAUAAUGUACUUAAUGAAAAUGAAUUUACUAGCUUAUAUUUAUGCUACAAAUUAUACUUUAUUAUGUAUUUUCUUGAUACAUUUUUAAUGAAUGAAAUAUUUCAUUGUUUUCAAUAAGCAUGCUACUGGAUAUAAAUUUUCUCUAUUUAAAAAUAAGAGACUAUUUUAUUAUUCAAAUUAUGUAUUAGGGAUGAUAGUGAAUCUUUGUUUUCUGAAGUUCCAAUAAAUUUUGUACAAGUAUAUAAGAAACUUAUUAUUAAUAACAUCCCCAUAAAUAAUAAAGCUAUUUGUUUAAGAUUUUA